CUCUGACUUUGACAACACAUCGGAGCAUGUCGCUACAGUGGACACACAACAGCCUUCAGGGUGGACAUUUUGUCCUUGUGUCACAGAUAAGAUGAUAGACGAGUGAGUGAUCACUAUGGAUGACUUGGAUCAUAGCAUGCACAUUUCCGACAAUGACUGGUUCAGCUUCUGUGAGGAGAGUGAAGAGUGCUGUCUACUGCAAGCUUCCCUGGCUUGUCCUGACAGCUCUGGUCUUAGUGAUGCAGAUGAUACAGACUUUACCACACAAACCUACACACCCAUAAAAGAGCACCAAACUGGAGAAGACAGUAAGGAACUUGUAGUUGAAGAAAAGGGAGAUGCAUUUGUUCAGUGUUCUUCUGGUGUAGACAGUAAAGCAGAAAGUGACCUAAAGUCUGAACCAGAGCCUGUUUUGAAGGAUGCACUUGACUGUAUUACCUGGGCAGAGAAAGAGCAUUUGUUUGUGAGUGUCAGUGACAAACCAUCUCAAAAACUGGUAUCUGCUACUGUCCCUGUGGUUAAAAAGAAAAGGAAACAGAACAAAAUCUGUAAAGUGGACUGUAUACAUAAUGAUAAAGUUAAUUAUUGUGAUCAAGUCAAAUUACCUCAACAGAAGUUCUCAGAUACAAAUACUAAGAGCUUGGAAGCAGUCGUCAGUACUGCAUCUCAUAAAUAUAGCUCGGACCAUUUGGAUAUAGGAAAUACCAGUGAACCAAUAAAUGCCAAAUGUGACAUAAACCAAAUUAAAUCCAUUGACACUAUAUUGACUCAGAAAAUAUGCUGUAAAAGUGCCCAAAUACAACAAAAAACUGAAAUGAUAUGCAUUGAAGUUUCCAUUGCCAGUGAUCCAAGAGAGAGCAAAUGUGACACUUGUAAUGAAAUAAUAGAAUGCGUCAAAAAGUCAGACUCCGUGUUCAUUCAAGAGAAAGACCGAAAUGUAAGUAGUGAGAGCUCUCAAACUCAAGUUGCAAUGGAUUUGACGUGCCUUCACAAGUCUUGUAUAGACCCUUUAGACAUCAGUAAUUUGACAAAGGUAAAAAAUAGCACUUGUGUUGAGUUUGACUUAACCAAACAAAUCUCUGGCUCCAAGUAUAUUCAAGAAGAAAGAUUUCAGAUGAAAGUUAAUGCAGAAAUUGAAGAUUCUAGUAAUGAGGGCAAAAUGCAAAAUAUUUUAAUAAAAGAUACCAAAAUAGAUGCUUCCAACAAUUGUGAUGCAAUAAACCAAACCAGAAAUUCUGACUCAGGGUCACUCACAUGUUUUGGAGAAUCUUGUAAAGAGGACAGUCUUAAUUUGAUCAUUGGAAAUGGAGUUGAAGUAGGUACAGAUUCUGGUAAAUGUACCUAUAAUUCAAUUACAUGUCAUACAAAUAGUGCCGAAUCAGAUGAAUUUGCAGAUUACGAGUCCUUCUCCAGUUCUAGUUAUGAUUCAGAAACUUACCAUUCUGCUGCAGAGUCUGUGGAGGACCCUAGAUAUCUCUAUAUGCCAAAUUCACCUUGUAAUCUAUCCAUAAGUAUUAAUGAUUACAGUUCAGUAGGCAGAGGAAUGCACUUCACAAAUGGAUGUUUAAAACAAGAUGGCAGCCAGUCAGUCACAGAAACAUCACAGAUUUUUCCACUUGCCAACUACAGUGUUGACAACCCUCCAAAUGACAACUCCACAUGCAGCACUGGCGCUGACAGCACUGAGCUCUGCAUGUCUGUGGAUACACCUGCAUCUGCAGACAAUCCAUCAACCUCUUUAGAAAACCAACUUGAAUGUUCACCUCAACUUGUUACUAUGGAAAGUCCUGAGGCGUAUGCAAAAGCCACUGGGAGCUCUCAGCCUGUAUAUGCCAUCUCUGCUUUCUGGGAUGAAAUGGAAAAAUUGACGAUCAAUGACAUCUUGCACAUCAGAACGGGAAGGUGCAUGUUGCCAAUUGAGGAAGCAAUUAUAACAAAUGACAAAAAUACUAUAAGUAGAGAUAAUAUAAGUACUGUCAAUGCAGUAAGCCUACCUGAAACCACUAUUUUGGACACAUUGGAUACAGCUGAUUCUGACUAUUGCACAAAUCUCGAGUCCAAACCUGACCGUUCAAGUUGGGAUUUCUCUACCUCUGAUUUUGAAGAGGAAUACUGGCAGUUUAUCAAUUCAAGUAGAAACUCAAGUCCUGACCAACAUGGCAAAAGUUACCAAAGUGAAUGCACAGAUUAUGUUUGUACAAGUGAAGAAUCAGAUGAAAUGGGUACACCUGUGCCCUCUGAAGACUGUUCCAUGGAAAAGUGGUCUUGUGAUUCCACGUUUAAUUCCUAUGACCUUGCUAUGCCGCAACAGAUGAGAAAAAAUAAGAGUAUGUAUGACAUUCAUGCACCCAAGUCAAUGGAAGGUUUAUCAUCACAAGCAUUUCUGGAUAUGAGCAGCUGCAAGUCUUUGGAGAAGCCGCUGAAAAUGAGUGAUGGCUUUGAAGUAGUCACUCCAGUCAUGUGCCUCACAGAUGAACAAUAUCAAAUAUCUUUCCCUAAAGUAUAUGAAUACCUGUUUGAUGAUAACAAAGCAAAGUGUGAAGUAAUGUCAGUCAGUGUCUAUGGGCUGCAGGGAAACUAUGCAUCACCUGUGAAUGAAUAUACAUUUUGUACAGCCACUAACAACCUUCCAAUCAUACCCUGUAUUGAGGAGCCAAUCCCAAUUUUCUCCUGCUCACGUCCGACUGUAAGGGAGCUGACAUUUCCCAAACCUGGCUGUAUUUUCUCAGGUACAAACUACACAACAAUGAAGGAUGUGUCUCCUAUACAAAUAGUCUCUCAGUCUAUUUUACAGGGAAUGGACUGUAAGCAUACUGACCGAUCCUACUGCUUCUCCCAAGAUCUGUCAAGUUUGUACUCAGUCAAGAAGAUUUGUUUUCUUGACAAAGGUUCUGAUGUAUGGAGAUCUGAGGCUGAGAAAAAGCCAGUUUGCGCGAUUGAUUCAAAUGUUACUGUGGUCGGUGAAGGAAGUGUCCUCUCCAUGACACCCAAAAUGUUUAAAGAAGCAGCAUUUGGGCAGAUUUCUAUGGAGAAGAACCAAAUGCCAUGUGAUUCUCAAAGUAUAUUUUCCACAAUAAAGCAGUCAGAUAUGUGUUUAGUCUGCAUUGCAUUUGCUUCAUGGGUUCUGAGGUCCUCUGACCCUGAAGCAGCUGAUGCCUGGAAAGCAGCCCUCCUGGCCAAUGUGAGUGCACUGUCAGCAAUCCAAUAUCUGAGACAAUUUAUGAAGAGAAAAACUUCACCACAAGAAGACUGACGAUAAAAUAAGCAUAUACUUAGUGUUGUAACCAAGUUUGGGUCCAGAUACACUAUGCCUCAACACAUAGAUCUAGAUAUAGAUGUGUGCUAAUCUCAAGGCUAGAUACAUUCACUGCCUUAUGUCUGGAGCAAGAAGAUAGAAGAACAGGGUACUAUCAUGUAAAGCUGGUAUUGGAAAGUUGUAGUUAAGAUAAUGUGGUUAUUAGAUGUGACAGUGAGGGUUAUGAGUUGUGUGGUAGCUUAAAUAUACAUAUGAGAGGUAUUUGAGUGCUUAACAUUUUUGUUGAGGUUAUUGCAGGUUGAGCUGUAUGCCAGAGCACGUGCCUG